CUCGACCAGCCCACUCUAAACAGUAGCAAGCAACAAGCGCGAUGAGCGUCGGGCUUACGAUCAUCCAGGUGCUGGCGUCGCUCUGCUCGGUCGCCAUGAUCCUGAGCUCCGUGCCCGCCAUGUACAGUAUCCACAAGCUUGAAGACGUCGGGGAAGUCGCGCUCUUCCCACUCGUGGGGCUCUGGAUCAAUUGCCACGUGCUUAUGUUGUAUGGCUUGGCAACCGCAGACUACUUCCCGCUCUUCGCCACGUAUCUCUUUGGCGACAUCAUGUCGGUCCUGUACAUCAGCGUGUACUUCCGAUGGACCAAACAGCGGUCGUACGCUCUGAAGGCCAUCGGCAUCUCCUUCCUCAUCGUCGUGCUCACUGCGGCGUACACGAUUCUAGGGAUGACGGGGGUAACCGGCCAGUCCAGCGACCAGGUCGGCAACGUCACGGGCUAUAUGAUGGCCAUCGGCAGCGUUCUGCUCUACAUCUCGCCGUUCGAGACGAUCAAGACGGUGCUCAAGACUCGCUCUGGCGCGUCGAUCCCCUUCGGCAUGUGCCUCGCCGGCGCGACGUCCAACAUCCUCUGGAUGCUCAACGGACUGCUCACGAGCGACAUCUUCAUCUUCCUGCUCGGAACCGUGUGCGCAGUAUUGGGGCUGGUGCAGGUGGUGCUCUACCUCAUCUACCGUCCAGGCCGCCCGCAGGUCGGCGUAGACGCUGCAGUUGAGCUCGAGCAGACACAGCCCGACAAGAAGUUCGUUCUCCCCGUGACGGCCUCGCCCAAGGCUCUCCCCUCGCCCGUCUUUAUUGCCGUCCAGUCGCCGUAAGACGCAAGUACUGCAAUGCCACCACAAAACGUAGUGUAGAAUCUCAAGUGAUAAUGAAUAGAUCACGUUAUUACC